AACUCUGGGUGUUGUCUUUUCUCUUGCUGGAAUGUACCAUACCAUUGGGGGAGGGACAGACGUUGACAUUGACUGUGCCUCCGAUCAAAGACAGUUUGCUUGACGUGUGACUGGGAGAGAGCAGAACCAUGGAAGAGCCCACCUUAUGGGGACUGGAUGGGUGCACAGUGACCUUCGCUCUUGUUGCUGGGUUCCUGGGCCUUCUCUACUGGUACUCCGUGUCUGCAUUCUCACAGCUGGAUAAAGUUGGGAUAAAGCAUCCGAAACCUCUGCCGUUCAUUGGUAACGUCAUGCUCUUCAAAAAGGGAUUUUGGGAAGGAGACAGACAUCUUUUGAAAACGUAUGGUCCCAUUUGUGGAUAUUACAUGGGGAGGCGCCCGAUGAUUGUCAUAGCUGAACCAGAUGCCAUUAAACAGGUUCUGCAGAAAGAUUUUGUUAACUUCACUAACCGAAUGAAACUCAAUUUAGUGACUAAGCCGAUGAGUGACAGCCUGCUGUGCCUCCGAGACGACAAGUGGAAGCGUGUGCGCAGUGUGAUGACUCCAUCUUUCAGCGCCAUACGAAUGAAAGAGAUGUGCCCUCUAAUAAACCAAUGCUGUGAUGUGUUAGUGGAUAAUCUGCUAGAGUACGCCAGUUCUGGAGAGGCAUGCAAUGUACAAAGGUGCUAUGCCUGCUAUACCAUGGAUGUGGUUGCCAGUGUAGCAUUCGGCACUCAGGUGGAUUCUCAGAGAGACCCCGACCAUCCCUUGGUGCAGAACUGCAAAAGAUUCCUGGAACUAUUUACCCCUUUCAAACCCCUGAUCUUGCUGUGCUUGGCGUUUCCGUCUAUCAUGAUCCCCAUUGCACGCCGGCUUCCCAAUAAACAGCGAGACAGAAUAAACAGCUUCUUCCUCAAGGUCAUUAGGGACAUCAUCGCUUUCCGAGAGAAUCAGCCGCCUAACGAGAGACGCCGGGACUUCUUGCAGCUCAUGUUGGACGCUCAAGACUCGGUCGGCCACGUGACAGUGGAUCACUUUGACAUAGUCAAUCAGGCGGAUCUCUCGGUGCCGCAGAACAGCCCCUCGGAGAAGCAGGACCGGGGUCAGGAUCCACCUAGAAAAUCUAGCAAAAAGCUGAACAAAGAGGAGAUACUGGGACAGGCCUUCAUCUUCCUCAUCGCCGGAUACGAGACCACUUGCAGCCUCCUCUCUUUUACCUCCUACCUGUUGGCCACUCACCCGGACUGUCAGGAGAAGCUUCUCAAGGAGGUGGACGAGUUUAGCCAAGAGCAUAAAGAAGCCGACUACAAUACGGUGCAUGACCUGCCCUAUAUGGACAUGGUGAUUAAUGAAACCCUGCGAAUGUACCCGCCAGCAUACAGAUUUGCCAGGGAAGCAGCCCGAGAUUGCACCGUGAUGGGGCAGAAUAUCCCGGCUGGCGCUGUGGUGGAAAUUCCCAUCGGCUGCUUGCAGAAUGAUCCGCGAUUUUGGCACGAGCCGGAGAAAUUUAAUCCUGAGAGAUUUACAGCAGAAGAAAAGCAGAAGCGCCACCCAUUUUUGUUCCUCCCGUUUGGAGCCGGGCCCCGGAGCUGCAUCGGGAUGAGACUCGCCCUACUGGAAGCCAAGAUCACCCUGUACAGAGUCUUGCAGAAGUUCCGCUUCCAGACAUGUGACCUUACCCAGAUCCCUCUCCAGCUCAGUGCAAUGUCCACACUGAGACCUAAGGACGGUGUGUAUGUGAGGGUGGUGGCUCGCUAGUACAGACGCUACAACUGCAACUGAAAACUCAUGUCUGGGGCACAUUACCCCUUUGUCGGAUACAGAAUAUCCCAUUGGAACAAAUAAGCAAAUAUCAAAAUACUUGCCCUUUAAUAGGUAAAACCCACCAUCAUUGGAGUGUCUCUUCCGCUUUAUAGAGACAAAUAGAGUCAGACCUUCUGGGAACAUUCCUAGUGGGUUAUAUACAGAAUAAAGAGUCUCAAAAUAAGGCCAGGAUUUGUAUAUUGCCCCAUGCCCUGAUAUGCUGUAAUUGCCAUCCUCAAUUCCCAAGGAAAGGUAACUGCCAUUUAAUUUCCAGUGGUGGAGCUUCUAUUCCACCCUAUAUUUUUUUCUGCCUAGGUCAUUUUAUAAUGGAAACCCUUCUGUGCCCCCCAGGGACUGAGCUGUGGAGGGGUCAAGCCCACAAGUAGAAGUAAAAGAACAGCAUUGGUAUUCCAUGUACUAAGCACAAUUCAGCAGGAACAGUCCCCUAAGUUUGCUCAUAGUCUGUACAGAGAGAUCCCAUAAAACUAUGGCAGCAUAGGAAUUCCCCUGUACUAAGCACAAUUCAGCAGGAACAGUGUAAUUGGGGCAUUAAUAGUAAAUAUGGAAAUUUCUUUGUGUGCAUUUAUAAUACUAUGUGAAUAAAAAUCUCUAUACAGUGAGUGUGUUCUUGUGUAUCUUCAUGUGAAACUUGUAGUUUUGUACAGUUUUGGGCUCCCAGGCACAAAAGGGAACUUACUGAAAUAGAGGAUUUAUGGGGGUGUUAUACACAGAAGCCCUUUGGCAGAGAGGAUUUGCUGGGUAUGAAACAGGAGGGACUGAUGUUGCUGAACUACUCCUUCCAGUAUGCUUUAACCUUUUAUAAUAUAUUGGAGUAAGCAGGGAGUUAUCCAGUUAUAUUUAGUAAGCCACACUUGAGUAACAGUGUUACAUGCCCUUGAAUCCAGUACCUUAAUGACAAGACUAGGUGCUUUCACCCACAUUUGGUACAGUCCAAUAUACACUCAUUGGGCCCCAUGUGACUUUAGUGUGGGUGACAUCAUUAACUGACAAGUGACACAACUGUUACAGAGGAGCAUUUACCUGCCGAGCAUUUCCAGCAACUCCCUCAGACCCAGAAGCCUCUUUGUCAGAACCAAAACCAGAAAAUGAGCAAAGUGAGUGGCGGGUCCAGAA